AUGACCGAAGUUGUCAGGAGCCCAGCGGUGGCGAAGACCUUACCUUGGAGGAGCCAACUCGCUUUCAGUGUCAAGAUCAGAGCAAUACAGAAAGGCCUCACAUGUCUCAAUUGGCUCAACUCAGUCAACAAAACUUCAAGCCCCGCUCCUAACAUCAUCAAGACCUACGAGACAAGACAGCAUCUGUCUGUACGAAUAUUCAUCCCUUCGUCAUUUCCGAGCAAUUCGUCUGAUACCCUUCCGACUCUAUUCACCAUCCACGGCGGUGGCUUUUGCAUCGGCUCGUCCCAGGAUGAUGAUGCCUGGAACCGUACCUUUGCCGACACGCAUUCGAUACUGGUUGUUGCCUUGAACUACAGUAAAGCGCCUGCAGCCCCCUUUCCAACCGGCCUUGAAGAUCUCGAGGCUCUUUAUCUAGCCGCCUUGAACGACGAGUCGCUUCCCAUUGAUAGAGCAAAUGGUGGUCGCGUUGCUAUCUGUGGAUUUAGUGCAGGUGGCAACCUGACCCUCGGCCUCUGCCAACGACUUCUUCGUUCUGAACAUCAAUGUCUUCCCUCAUGUCGUCCCCGCGCAGCCAUCUCUGUUUACGGUGCACUUGACCUGAGCGCUUCUCCAGAGUACAAGAUCACUACACGGCAGUAUAAAACAGAGGCCAGUCUUGGUUCUCCUCGCACAUCCACUCACGACACCCUUCUCAGUGUCGCUCCGCUCUUUGAUUGGAGCUACCUAUGUCCUGGACAGGAUCUACGCGACCCUCUAGUGAGUCCUGGUCCCUAUGCUCAGCCAGAGGACCUACCGGCACAUGUGUUUGUCAUUGCAUCGGAACUGGACAUGCUUGCAAAUGAGAGUCGCGAGCUUGCAAACCGUCUCGCACACCAAAGAGGGAGUUCAAGACAUAUCCCUGGUGGAGACUCAAUAAAUGAAUCAGGAGGACCACGCUGUGGGCGCCCUGAGCCAGGACAGCCUGGCGAGCUAGAGCUGGACGAUGAACGCUUUGCUUGGCAAGAAACCUUUUCUGAUGGUAGUGUCAGAUGGUUGUUGGUGCCAGACGUAUUACAUGGUUUUGAUAGCCUGCCCAUGCGCGAGAGGCUCGGAGGGAAAGAGACAAUGAAGGACGCAGAGCUCAAGACAGAGGCAUAUUGUAAACUGUUGGGUGAGUGGCUUCUUGGUACAGUCUUUAGCAGUGCCUAA